AGCAAGCCAUAAGCAUGGCGUCCUCGUACUAUCAAGAGAUGCAGGAAAAUUUCAAGAAUAAUAAUAAAAGCAGAGAGUUCCCGGCUCACAGCGCUAAAGUGCAUUCGGUAGCCUGGAGCUGUGAUGGGAGGCGACUGGCAUCCGGAUCAUUUGAUAAAACCGCGAGCGUGUUUGUCCUAGAAAAAGAUCGACUGGUAAAAGAAAACAACUACAAAGGUCACGGAGAUAGUGUGGAUCAGCUGUGCUGGCAUCCCACCAGCCCUGAUCUGUUUGUCACUGCAUCAGGAGACAAGACCAUCCGCAUCUGGGAUGUACGGACCACCAAAUGCAUGGCCACAGUGAGCACGAAAGGGGAGAAUAUAAACAUUUGUUGGAGUCCUGAUGGUCAAACCAUUGCUGUCGGAAACAAGGAUGAUGUUGUAACUUUUAUUGACGCCAAGACACACCGUGCACGUGGUGAGGAGCAGUUUAAGUUCGAGGUCAAUGAGAUUUCCUGGAAUAAUGACAAUGAUAUGUUCUUCUUAACAAAUGGCAAUGGCUGCAUCAACAUAUUGAGUUACCCCGAUCUCAAGCUCAUUCAGUCAAUCAAUGCCCAUCCGUCCAACUGUAUCUGCAUUAAGUUUGAUCCCACCGGGAAGUAUUUUGCCACAGGAAGUGCAGAUGCUCUGGUCAGUCUGUGGGAUGUGCAAGAGCUGGUGUGUGUUCGCUGCUUCUCAAGACUAGACUGGCCUGUGCGGACGCUCAGUUUCAGUCAUGAUGGUAAAAUGUUGGCAUCAGCCUCCGAGGAUCAUUUUAUUGACAUCGCUGAAGUCGAGACGGGUGAGAAGCUGUGGGAGAUUCAGUGCGAGUCUCCGACAUUCACUGUAGCGUGGCAUCCGAAGAGACCACUGCUGGCUUAUGCAUGCGACGAUAAAGAAGGCAAAUAUGACAGCAACAGAGAGGCAGGGACUGUCAAACUAUUUGGCCUUCCUAAUGACUCCUGAGGACCAGUGUUAUGAUGCGGUGUUUUAGUUAGUUUAUAGUCUACUUUACCUGUUUAAGUUUAUAUAUGCCUGGUUUGGAGGAUAAAAGGAUAGUUCGACUUCAACUAGUUUGAUUAGAUUUCUUAAUAAAUGUGAAUUCAGUGUUGUAAAUAAUUGAAAUAUAUCAGCAGAUGGUAAACUUGUACAUGUCAACAUUCAAGUGCAGCUCAUAUGAGAUGUUUGUAUUAGACAUCUUAAUACAAAUUAAAAUGACAAACUCCUGAAUUCCUGAACUUCCUGACGUUAAAUUGAGUAAGCACGUGUGAAUAACCACAGACUGCAGCUACUUUUGUUAACAAAAUAGUUUGUUAUUUAUACCCUAAACAUUAGAUUUUUUUAUAUUGGAUUAAUUUUGGUCCAGUUAAAAGUUUAAAAUGAGCAUUUUGUUCUUUAGUGAUUGUCUAUUGCCUUAUUUAGAUGUGAAAAAAUAGUGUUUGGACCUCUUGGAUUGCUUGGAGUCUUUUUUCAGAAAUGACCAACAGAGGGCAGCAGAAGCUUUUCUCAAAUGUGCAUGACAUUAGUAUGAAUUAAUACAGGCAUUCCUGAAUAUUUUUUAAGAAGAACUAAACUUUUUGUACUGUAUUUUAUUAAAUUGAUUUUAAACCACAAGGAUAGUUGUUGUUUUAUAUUAAAGAAUGAAAAACAAACAAACAGUAAAAUAGAAAACUAACAAAUUGGGUAUUCACUUAUUUGUCAGUUUAAUUGAUAGAAUUAAAGAAAAUGGCUUCCAGAAAGGAUUCUGGAGUAUUACCUUUUUAUGUUGGCCUGGGCCAACUAGUAAAAAUCCCUCGCACACCAAAAAAUAAUUUAUUGUUCUGUGUAGAAACAGAGUAAUGUAUCUAGACUGCUGCCAUUGCACAUGGUUCAGAAGUUAAAACCAGCUGUGGGCUCGACACCAGAGUUCAUGUUACAGUUAUUGGCACUUUAUACCAGCAUAACAUGAUGCCAAGAAAGUGUAAUAGAUAUUCAGUAAAAUACAUUUAGCCUGUCUGUGACUUUACUGUAUGUUGUAAAACGUAAUUUAACAGAAUUUUUCUGUUAUUAUUUACAAA